AUGGCUCCCAUAACACCAAUAGCUAAGACAUCCACUAGCGGAUCUACCAAUAGAGUAUCCAAGAAGACAAAUACAACCACUACUACUACGCCCACCACGUCGUCUCCGUCAUUAUCAUCCUCUACGCUGGACAAGAAGAAGACGAAACGAUCCAAGAAGGGCAAGAACGCAUGUAAUUUCAAAGGGUGUACGAGUCCCGCCGCCAAGUUUAUUGGUGACUGUCGAUUCUGUCAACGACAAUAUUGUUCUAAGCAUCGUCUGAUGGAAAACCAUGCCUGCGAAGGGCUGGUCUCCUGCAAGGAGGAGAUGCACAAGAGGAAUGCAGACAAGUUGAGUUCUGAACAGACCAAGAGUCCGAAGAUCCAGAUAUGA